AUGUCGCCCACAGGUGGCAAGAAGCAGCUCCUGAAACAACCCAAGAAGCAGAACAAGGAGAUGGACGAGGAAGAUAAGGCUUUCCAGCAGAAACAGAAGGAAGAACAAAAGAAACUGGAGGAGCUAAAGGCGAAGGCCGCGGGGAAGGGGCCCCUGGCCACAGGUGGAAUUAAGAAAUCUGGCAAACAGUAAGCUGUUCUUGGUGGCUGAGGCAAUGGUGACCCUUGAUUCCGUUCCUGUGUAAACAUCUGGAUUCCCUGCUAGAACAUUUGUUGCCACUUAUAGUUAGAAUGAAGUGUUGUCUUGGAGCCUGCUGUACAUUAAGAAUAAACUUUUGUAAAAAAGAAGGAAA